AUGGAUGAGGUUCAAUAUUGGAAUUCAGCUCUUGUCUGCUAUGUAUUAGGAGCGAAUCCUCCGAUUCAUGUGAUUGAAGGAUUUUUGAGGAGAAUAUGGAAGCAGCAGAAUUUGGAUAGAGUGAGUUUACUCACCCAUGGCAUUUUUUUGGUGAGGUUUCACUCGGUUGAGGAUAGAGACCGCAUUCUUAAAGGAGGAUACCAGUUUUUUGAUAAAAAACCUUUAAUCAUGAAGGCUUGGGAUCCUGAUGUGAGGUUUACUAAAGAAGAUGUUUGGAAAGUACCUGUUUGGGUUCAAUUGAGGAAUCUGGAGUUGAAGUAUUGGGGAGAGAGAUCAAUGGCAAAGAUUGUCAGCUCCUUAGGGAAUUUGAUCAAACCCGAUCAAGCCACACAGAAUAGAGAUAAACUCCAGUUUGCUAGAGUGUUAGUAGAAAUGGAUGUUUCAGCUAGUUUUUCUAACCAAAUUUGCUUUGAAGAUGAAAAAGGGCAGUUAAUAUAUAUUGAGGUCUUGUAUGAGUGGAAGCCAGAUAAGUGUGAUAUUUGUAAGGGAAUUGGUCAUACAAGUGAUAUGUGUAAGAAGGUGAAGAUGGUGGAGCAUAUCCGGAAGGAAGCUACUGUUAAUGAGGUGCAAGUUGGAGAGGUGCUUUGUGAGAUGAGGUCCAUUAUUGAUGGAGGGGGUGACCCUCCACCAAUAGAUGGAUAG